GUGAUUUCUGCCAUUUGCCCGGCAUUGCGAGCCUGGCACCAUGGCAUGACAAAGCCGUGCUGUGCUUUGAAAGUAGGUGACUUCAACGUCGUUUGCACUUUUGGAUCUUUGGCAAAUGCUUGGUAUGGCUACAAUGGCGUGGUCUCUGACGACUCAGCGAAUGUGAGUCCCCGCAGUGAGGCAGACGAGAAUCGACCACAAUCUGGGGAUGAGGAGCUCCUUCCCCUGCCACUCAACAUUACUUUUCCAAGACGCUUGCAGAGGGAUCCUUGUGGCGCGAGUGUCUCACUUGGACUAGGAAACCGCUUAGGGCGCCGGAGAGAGCCGGCAUUGGUGAGCCACUUCCUCUCGAGCUUUUGCAAGAUGGUUUGGCCCAAGCUCUCAGGUGCUGUGCAGAAGCUCAUGGAUGAGAGGGUGCAGGAGGCCUUGAAGGUGGCCAUCCAGAAGCUGCCAGAAUCCAUGAGAGGCGAGGUGCAGUACAACAUCAGCUUCGGUGAUUCGGCACCCAGCAUCACAGAUGUGUAUAGCUGGCGGCAGCAUCCGUGUGUCAAAGAUGGCAUCGAGGUUUGCGGAAAGAUGCACUGGGAUGCUGCAGUAGACAUGAAGCUGACCUUGGGGACAUGGAAGUUUGGUAUCAAUCGCAUUCUGAUCGAUGGUGUCGGGUGCAUCAUCUUCAGACCUUUGAUGGACCAGGCCCCCAUUCUUGGCGGCUUCCAUUUGUUUUACUGCAGUCCACCAGAACUUCGUGUUGGUCUUGUUGGCUUGGGCGGCAUCACCAGGUGGGCUGCCGUGGACAACACGGUCAGCGAAUUGAUGGCAGAAGCCUUCAAGAUGGUCAUGGUGCUUCCUCAGCGGAUGACACAGCGCUUUGCGAACACGAAGAUAGAGGACAUGCCAGACUUUCGCUGUCCACCACCUGUCGGUGUGCUUCGUGUCAAGGUCCUGGGAGCUCGCGGAUUGUUGGGGGUGGACUUGGGCUUUACUGGACGCACCAGCGACCCGUACUGUGUCAUUAGUGUUGGCAGCUGCAGUCAACGCACCUCUACAGAGUCAAGGACGCUGGAGCCUGAUUGGAGCAACGAUGAGGAAUUGUUCUUUUUGGUGUACCAUGAACGUCAAGAUCUAUUGCUGCAAGUUUUUGAUGAGAACGUUCUGAGACAGGACGUUCAGCUCGCCGAGCUUCCAAAGUCUGCCGGCCAGACAGUGGCCGACUUGGUAGCACGCUGUCCCUUGCCACGAUGGCUUGACCUAGAAGCAGAUGUCCAAGGAGGCGCAGUGCAGCUCCAGGCAUGGUUCGCAGACCUUUGCCCAACCUCCAGCAUCGGCUCGGCAGACCACACGUACGUCUUAGCCUUGAAGCUCUUCCACCUGAAGGGCGUUUCUGCUCCUGAAGCUCUUGGGGCAAAAGUCCGUCUCAGGAUUGGAGAUCUGGAGGUGCUCUCCAGGCCAUGUAAGGUCAUUGACCCGGGCAACGUGCAUGGUUUUGGCAAGAGGAUGUCCACGCAAAUCAAUGAAUUGCUGCAGAAGGGUGUGGAUUCCGCUAUCGUGGCGGAGGCUUUUAACUUGGACACCAGUGUCGUGGAGGAGGUGCAGCGUGUGCAGGGGAAGGAGCACAGCUGGUUUGGUUGGGAUGAGGCGCACUACCAUCUUUUGCCAGAGGAUGAGGGGGAGACAAAAAGGAAAACAGUGCAAUUGGAGGUCGCUUUGGCCAGCAAUUGGUCAGUUGAAUGGAGAUUGCUUGUGGAGGAAGAUUUGCAGCAAUUUUUGAUGCGUUGCAGGCAGCAGCGACCUUUGCCGUUGCCGUUCGAUCAUGGUGAUGGCAUAGGGCAUCUUGGUGUGUCGUUGGAAGUUUUGCAAGGCAACUUUGGAGAUGCUGAUUGAGUCGAACGCGGAACCGAUGGCUGAUUGACUCAAAGGUCCAAAAGGCCAGAAGGAGAACCAGCUUCAACGUGAAGGUCAUCUUGGUCAUCUCUGAGAGUCGUUCCCUUGGCCAUCUUGGCCAGAAAGAGCAAAUGGUUCGACAGCUGCAUUUCGGGGUGUGCAAGAAAGGACUCAGACCCGAGGGCAAUGGUUCGCAUGACGAUGGUGCCACUUUCUCAAAAUGAAAGUGAUUUUUCCACAUUAUUCCAGCGAGCAAAGACUCGAGAAAACAGAAGCGAGAUAUGUGAAAUGCGGAGAAGAAUGUAGAGGAAGAUGCAAGCCAGUGAACCGCAGAGAGCCCAUCCAGUCCGAAACCAGCAUCCUCUAAUACAAAUCUUAGUGCUCUAGAUUGUCGAUGUGCAUAUUGGUUGGAAGCGUUUUUGGCUUGCAGACACUUGGUAGAUUUGUCUCAUUUGCCCUAUGGCGCCUAGAGCUCUCCUUGGUGUGCUGCUCCUGAUCUUCGUGGAAGCAGACUUCUUGGCACCUUCGAAGGCACAAAAGGAGGACAACACCACUGCAAUUGCAAAUGCGACAGCCCCGCUGAAUAUAAUAGAGGAGGGCUCAUCGCUCUCGCUGCGGACCUGAAUCUUGUCUGACAUGUCAUUGUAUUUAGGCAGGGUACGCUCCAAAGUUCUUUUUUCCUGUUGCACAAGCUUUAAACACUUGUUGCCAAAGUUCAUCUUGCCGUGUGGGGAUGUUCACCGUAAUUAUUCAGGAUGGCUCAAAUUGAGGUCUGGGCUUGAAUCAACCUUGCUGGGUGAAUGCUCAGUGCUGCUCAGCACGCUGCAGUCCCAUCACCCGGCACUGCCGUCCAGUGCGCUGAGGCAAAGAGGCAAAUGCUUAAAUCGCCGGCACCAGAGUCACUCUGCUCGUUCAGUGCUGACUCCAGGGAUCUCUGUCAUGAUCACAUACGUAUCCAGUGAGAAUGGUUUUGAGGGCCCUUGAACAGGGUGACCGUGACCAGAUUUUAGUUUUGGUUUGAAACCAUCAGAGGCUUUGCUCUUUCGAUGUGAGCCCAGCCAUGUUGACAGACGUUGCAGG